UUUAGCUCUGACCAGAUUUUGGUUUUCAUGAUUUACACUCCAAUAUCACACCUAAAACCCUAUUUUCUUUAUCCUUUCUUUUUUAAACCAUAAAACCCUGUUUCUACUGGGAUCGAUCAGUGAUCCAAUUCUUUCAAUUCACUUUCUUCAAUUCACCUUUCUUUUCUUUAUCUUCUUGUUAUUGAAAUUACAUUCAGCUGUUCCAGUGGGGUAAUAAUGACUUCAAGCAAUUCGCCACCAACAGCAAUCGACAAGGAACAGAUUAUUGGUAUGGCAGAAAAGGAGAUGGAAUACAGAGUUGAAUUGUUUAACAAGCUUACCCACACAUGUUUCAACAAGUGUGUUGAGAAAAGGUACAAGGAUUCUGAACUAAAUAUAGGUGAAAAUAGCUGCAUUGAUCGCUGUGUUUCAAAAUAUUGGCAGGUGACGAAUCUUAUUGGGCAGCUGCUCGGUGCUGGUCGGCCUCCAAUGUGAGUGAAGAAUGGUGUCCUUGUGAGAUCAUUUUGAUUCAUUGCAGACUCUUUAGGUUAUUAUUUUGUUGACAAUUCUGAAUUGAUAAAAUUUUGGCCCUUAAAAAUAGAGUUUCUGAAAUUUGUUCUCA